AGCAUCAAGAAAGUCAGCAAGUUGCCCAAGCUUGCGACGACGAAGACGACGUUGAUGCUCCCUCCUCUCUCACAAGCUCAGAUUACGUUCCUAAAGCGGUGGAAAUCGUACACAGCGACGGAAACAAAAAGCGCAUGGUAGGUUGUGCUCCCGCCAUCUGAUUGUGGUCAAGCAAUAAAUUGAUGGAAUAAAAUAUCACUGCAUUUUGGGAUGUGACCGCUCUCAGUAGCAGUGGUUGUGAAGUUCACGGGAUGAUCACAGCCGAGAGAACCAACACGAAGCAUGCAGACAAAUUGGCAUCUACUGUACAGAAAAAGUGCUUGAAUGUGUGUCCGAUGUUGUCCAAUCAGGAGCCACUGACGAUGGUGUUGAGGUUCGAUUCGAAGUCGGAUUAUGAUAAGAUGGCUGCUGACUUGCAAGCAGGAAGGAUGGGGAAAAUACAGACGACAACAGGAUAUGCUAUCACUAAAUUAGAACCUGUCUUUCAAACGGCUGCCAACUCGCUCGCACAUCUAGAGAUCAAACCGAUGCAGUUCCAGUUUGCUAACGUCAAACCAGCUCUUCAAGGUCUUCUCGAUCCUUUCAAAGAAUUAUCAAGUUUUUUAUCAUUUACAUGUGAGACUAACCCGGAUCGUGUGAUUAUCCCGUCCGUUAGAGAGCUCUGUAACCAACAAUCGGACAAUCUGGAGAGCCAACUAGAUCACUAUGGCAACUCACCCGCCAAGAAACCAUUCGUUGCUCAUUCGAGGAGCAAAAUAUCUGAGUGUUCUCAAGCAUCGUUGUGCGUUUUAGUUCUUCUACCGAGCGAAUACAACUUUCAUUCUCAACGAAUGAGAGACAGUUUUAUGGAUCAUAAUUUUUUUCCGGUGGCCACGAUGGCGGGAAUGACUCCAUCUCAACAGUUUGAAAAAUAUUACUCGUUUCCACGUCUUCCUGAGUACCCACUCUCGACGCUUCCAGCGUUCGGAUUGUACGUUCGUCAGUCACCUGGCGGUGGCACUAAACCAUCAGUGUCCUCCAAUUCUGCAGCCGUACGACUGAAUAUGUAUGCCGUUUGUGAUCUCUCGAUCAUGGAGCAGUUUUACUCGAGUAUUCUCGAUCAGAAACCUUUUAAAGGACGCGAAGGCAAUCGUUUCUUUCUUAUCUACUCGCUCUCAUCGGUAGCCGUUUCCAACGUCGAGUUGUACAUAUACUAUUGCCCAGACUGCAAGGUUGUUGUCACAGAAGGCGUGACGCUUCAUUUUCUUGUCUCCGAUUUGGUCCUCGCAGCCAAUCGGUUGGGUGAGAAUUUGCUACGAAAACAUGGCCACCACAGCUACAUGACCGUCGACCCUCAAGAGCAUCUUGUGAUUCUCCAUGCCAUAUGAACAGUCGGUCAGAUGGUAGUAAGUCGUUUCAUCUGUUUGAUGUGAGAGCUAACUGCUUGAUUUUACUCAGUGAGUUAUAAUGUGAAUAUAUGCUAGGUGGAGACCGGUUUUUUGAUCAUGUAGUUUAGAGAGGAAAGGACGCAGAACUGUUGCACGAGAGAAAUCGUUCUCUUUGUUGACAUUGUUAAGUUAACAAUACAAUACACAGUGGAUGGUCUUUUAUUUCAAA